AUGACAGAAGUAGCCACCCCUAAGGCCAAGCAGCCCGCCGACUCUGAUACUGGUUGCUACGCCGAUGCCAAAGGGGAUGGUAACAAGGACUUGGUCUGCAGUCAUGAGAACGCUCUGCGACGCCAAAGACAACGGCCCCAGACGACCAGCCACAAGGGCGACAAUCUCGAAUGCCCAGAACUCUGUGCCCAAAUGGACAAAUCCGAAGCAGGCAAGACGGGCAAAGGCUGGCAGUUUCUCAAGACAACGCCUGUUCCAACCGCUCCAGCACUCGUAUCCCUUCACGAAGCGUGUGUAACUGAGAAGGCCAAAAAAGGACAGCCAAAAGCCGAUGUCAGUUGCUACAGGAGCUCCCAUCACACCAAAGUCUGA